AUGAUGCCUUGGCAAGCCUGGAUGAUAAAAUAGUUGGCAAAUGGAGGAAAUAUUUUCAACUGAAGUCAGAUUUUUAUAUUGCACAUGCACAUUGUUAUAAUGCUGAGGGUUUACUGGCCCAGGAUAAAUGUGGCGAGGCAAUUAGGGGUCUACAGGAGGGUAUAACAUGUUAUGACAAGGCUGCUGUCAUAUGCAAAGAUUAUUCUACAACUAAAGGUCCUGGUACGCAAGCAAAACCACUCAACCAUAUUUUCUUCAGACGUCUAGGACCAGUCAUGAAGAGAACAUUGGAUAAAUGUGAACGAGAAAAUGGGUUGAUUUACCAUCAGAAAGUUGCGUAUGACCCACCAAUACUAGAACUGAAGGCUACAUUUGGACUGGUAAGUCCAGAAGAAUUCAAACCAGCAGAUUUAAGCCCACUGUGGUCAGUUGAUGUCUAUAAGAAGAUGGAUUCUAAAAUGGUACCAAAACCAGGACCUCAGUUGCCUGGUCAGAAGGAGGAUAAAGACAAGGAGAAGCCAAAGGAGCUGCCACCAGUGAAAGAGAAGGAAUUUCCUAUGUCAGAUAAAGAUCCUAAGAACAACAGUGGAUGUAUAUUAUCCUGAGAACAUUGUCAAUGAGAAGGGGAGAUCACUCUUACAAUGUGAAUGUUGAUGGCUAAAUGCCUGAUGUAUGAUAGAGAAAUGUGUACAUAUAUCGUGUACAUACAGUAUGGAUAUUUUAUAUACAGUACAUUUUUUAAGCGUAGAUAUUGUUGACAGAAAUUUAAUUGAAACAGAUCUGCUUUUUUAUAUCCAGUCAAUGUUAUUGCUAAUGCUAUCAAUACUAAACAAUAUCUUUCAGAGAAGUCUGUCAUUGCAAAACUUACAGAUUUCUUUUGGUUAUAUAAAGGGAACAGUUUUCUAGCUUCCAAUUAAAAAGACAUUUUCUGAAUUAGUAGUGAAACAUCUGUUUAUAUUUGUGUUCAAGGUCUAAUAAAAGAAAUGUAAUAUUUAUACUCUUCUAGUUUGAAGAGUUUGUACUGUUGUUGUGAUAGUAAAUAUUCAACUAUAUUUAGUUGACAGCUAUUAUAAAUGAUCAAAAUUGUGCAACGGUUAUAAUGUAAGAAUUUUUACAUUAACAUUUGUUAUUUUGUUACUGUAUAAAUAAUAUGCUGAUAUUUAUUUUAUUGUUAGUGACUUUACAUUGUACAUGUUUCUAUGAAUGUAACUGUAUCUGGAAUGGUGUUAUGAUGUUUCACAUUUUACUUUACCACUGUAAGCUGUUUUAUAAUGUACCGUAAGAUUAAAAAGAAAAAAUGUUCAAUGUAUUUGAAAUAAAACAACCAAGUAAUUAGUGACACCAUACUUAUUAAGAUUGUUUUGACUUAAGCUGAUUAUAGAAAAUAGGAUUAUAUAUAAAGCUGUGUUCAUACUUUGGAAAUCAUAUCAAUAAUAUUAUAUACAAUGUACAUUAACAUUCAGUGUAUCUCCUGGUUUGUCCUUUCGUUCUGUCAAUUAAAUAUACAUAUAUAUAUACCAUCAGUCUUAAACAGUCAUUUUCUGCUACAGAUAAAUUUAUUCCAUAUUCAUUUACUGUUCUUUAAAUGAUGAAAUUGUUAAUUGUUUUAACUCAGUUGCAAAUCAUUUAUAUAAAAUAUGUAAUUCUUAA